AUGGAUGAAGUAAUCGAUCCAGCUAUGACAAUUAAAGCAUUAGGUCAUCAAUGGUAUUGGUCUUAUGAGUACUCUGAUUUUGUUAACGAGGAUGGAGAGUCUAUCGAAUUUGAUUCUUAUCUAGUUCCAACAGAUGACUUAGAAGAUGGGCAACUACGACUUUUAGAAGUAGAUAACCGAGUAGUAGUUCCAGUAGGAACUCACAUUCGAUUCAUUGUAACUGGUGCUGAUGUUAUAUAUUCAUUUGCUAUUCCUUCUUUAGGUCUAAAAAUUGAUGCAAUUCCUGGUCGAUUAAAUCAAACUUCAGUUUUAGUAGAACGAGAAGGAGUUUACUAUGGACAAUGCUCAGAAAUCUGCGGAGUUCACCACGGGUAG